AUGGAAGAGGUAGAAGUUAAUUCAAAACCAGAGACUAAAAAGAACGGCAAAAACAAAAAGAAAGUUGUCGCAUUCCCUAAAAAUAAAAAGAAAAACGAUCCAGAAUCAGUAAUAAUAGAAAAACUUGUGGCUAAAUACGAAGAGAUCGAUCCUGCCCAAGUAAAUAAAUUCACCGAUUUCCCCUUAUCAGCGAAAACUCUCAAAGGUCUUCGCGAAUCGGGUUACCACAAACCCACUGAAAUACAAAAGGAAACUAUUGGGCUCGCUCUUCAAGGUAAAGAUAUUCUAGGUGCUGCACAGACUGGCUCCGGUAAGACAUUGGCAUUUCUAAUACCAGUCCUAGAAACAUUAUUCACCAAACAAUGGACAAAUCUAGAUGGACUAGGCGCCUUAGUUAUCACCCCUACGAGGGAAUUGGCUUAUCAAAUUUUCGAGGCCUUACGAAACGUUGGACAGCAUCAUGAUUUUUCAGCUGGUUUAAUUAUAGGUGGUAAAGACCUUAAGUUUGAAAGGAAUAGAAUGGAUCAAUGUAAUAUAGUCAUAUGCACACCGGGCCGUCUUCUCCAACACAUGGACCAGAAUCCCCUUUUCGAUUGCGUUAACAUGAAAGUUCUGGUGCUAGACGAAGCAGAUAGGUGUUUAGAUAUGGGUUUCGAACAAACAAUGAACGCGAUUAUAGCUAACUUACCGCCUAAGAGGCAGACCUUGCUGUUUUCGGCGACUCAAACUAAAUCCGUUAAAGAUUUAGCAAGGCUGAGCUUGAAGGAUCCAUCGUACAUCAGCGUACAUGAGCACUCGGAAUUCAGCACUCCGAAGGGCCUCUCGCAGAGUUAUGUAGUGUGCGAAUUGAAAGAUAAAAUCGCUAUUCUCUGGAGUUUUUUGAGGAACCAUCCGAACAAGAAAAUCAUGGUUUUCUUUUCCAGUUGCAAACAAGUUAAAUAUACUUAUGAAAUAUUUUGCAAACUUCGCCCGGGAAGUAGUUUAAUGGCGCUGUACGGUACAUUACAUCAACUGCGUAGAAUGGAUAUUUACGAGAAUUUUUGUCGCAAACAGUCCGCUAUAUUAUUCUCGACUGAUUUGGCAGCAAGAGGUCUAGAUUUUCCGGAAGUUAAUUGGGUCGUGCAGGUCGAUUGUCCGGAGGAUCCAGAAACUUAUAUUCAUCGAGUAGGCAGGACUGCAAGAUAUCACAGAGGCGGAGAAAGUUUACUCAUGCUGUUGCCCAGCGAAGUGAGCAUGGUUGAUAAAUUGAAGGACAAGAAAAUUCCCAUAGAUAAAAUAGAUAUUAAUCCUAUGAAACUGAACAAUCCUGUGAGAAAAAUGGAAGCAUUUCUGGCUAAAGAUCCUUCGUUGAAAGAUUCUGCUCAAAGAGCCUUCGUGUCCUACGCCAAAGCAGUGUUUUUAAUGAAAGAUAAAGAGGUGUUUGAUGUACAAUCGUUGGAUACAGACUCAUUUGCCAGGUCCUUGGGGUUGGCUAUACCACCUAGAAUAAGAUUUUUACAAAGGAUGAACUCGAGAGCCGAGAAAAAAACAAACAAACCUGUAAAUAAUAGUCAAAACAAGAAGAUAUAUUUCGAUGAUAGUGAUAACGAAGAGAAAUGCGCAAAUGACAUAUCAAUUAAGCAAGAAUCUGAAGAUAGUGGCGUCAGUGAAGAUGAAGCUUUGCAUAAGAAACCAAAUUCCAAACUCUUUCAAGCCUCUGAUGAAGAUAGCGAUAAUGAUGAUAUAUUACAGGUUAAACGAAAAGACCACGACAUAGAGCUUCCCACGGACAAAGAAAUAGCAGAAUUAAAUAUGGGGAGAAACAACAAGAAACCGAUUAGUAAAGCGGCCGCGGCGAAAAAGAUUUUAAAGAAAAGAAUAGUGCCGAAUAAAAAAAUAACGUUUGAUGAAGCCGGAGAAGCGGUGAAGACGAGCAAAGAGAAAAAAUCCGAGUUGGCGCUCGAAUACGAAAACGAAGAUGAAGGUGGUAUCGAUAUUGAAAAGGCGAGGCAAGUGCUUAGGGAAGAGGACAAAUUCGAUAAGCAACUAUUCAAGGAAAAAGUGAAAGCAAAGCACAAGGAGGAAAAAAAGAAAUUGAAAGAGAAAAAGAAGAAAGAAAGGGAAGAAGCGCGGGAUGAUUUUGGAGAAGAUGAAUCAGAUGAUGAACCGGAUCUUUCGUGGUUACCUAAUCCUGAUGAAGUUUAUGGAGAAAAAACUGAAGAGGAAAUUGAGCAACUAAAUGAAGAAGUGCUGGGUAAAAAUACUGUGAAAUCUAAAAAAACGGAUGAGAACAAAAUAAAAAAGGGUAAAAAGAGGAAGGCAGAAGGUGAAGUAAACAAUGUCAAGAAGCAGAAAUUAAAGGAAAUCAGUUCGUCGCUUUCUGUUAAUGAAGCCGAAGAAUUAGCGAUGUUAUUGUUAAAAAAUAAGUAA